GCGCGGAGACUUCCGAACCGAUGCGGCCCGAUGUUCCCCGAUCCGACCCGAUGUUCUCCGGCCCGUCCCGCGCCGCAGUGUGCCGUAGUGAACGGAUAAAUGCGCACGAAGCGACAUUUUAUGCGAUUGGUGAUCAAACCAGAUGUCAAUGGAUGAGGAAAAGCUGAUCGGCCUUGUGCAAGACCAUAGGGAGCUGUACGACAUACACGACCGUCGAUAUGACGACCACCACAGGAGGGAAGAGGUGUGGAGGGAAAUUGGACGUAUGAUGAGUGUCUCGGCCGAUAAAUGCAAAGCCAGAUGGAAGCGCAUAAGAGAUAACUACAGAAGAGCGAGGAAGCUACGAAGAAGAAAAAGUAGUCAGGGCGCCAAAAUGAUAAAAUGCCCGCGACACGAAAAACUACUACAUUUCCUUAACCCUUAUUUAGAGUUAAACAAAGGAGAAAAAGUAAAAGACAUUCCACCAGAGUCCCUAGACGUCAAUAUUAGCGAAGGAAUCAGUACCCCAGAAUCCAGUAUUGGGUCUUCACAAAGCAAUAAUGUUAAACGUACAAAAAAACGAAAAUACGAAAGCUCAGAAACGCUAGAACCUAACCUAAAUUCAAUACGUCAAAAUGAUUGUGAAGUAAGUUACGCGCCAAAACAGCCUCAAGACAAGGUUGUUAGUUUUUUUUUAAAUAUGGGAGAGACUGUCAAAAAUUUUCCCGAAGACGUCCAAAUUCGCGUUAAACGGGAAGUAUUCAAGAUUGUAAAUGAUGCGGAGGAAUUAGUGUAUAAUAAUAUUGUUAAAGACAUUAAAGUUGAGUCGUUUGAAUAAGAACUAGGACAAUUAAUAUUAUUUAUUUUUUUAUUUAUUUAUUUUAUUAAAUCUUAAUACUAAAAAUACAAUUAUCAAUGCCCUGCAAAACUGUUUAAACAGUUUGUCUGCAGGAGUCAAUUAAUAACAUACAAUAAUAAGUUAGCUAGGACAAGAGUCUAGAAGGUGUUGUUUAAGUAUUUUUUUAUAUUUACUUUUAUUUGGUUCUAGACGGAUGGUCUCAGGCAAACUAUUCAGCAAAUAGGGAAGUCUCUUUUUUAGAGUUCUAUCGCCAUAGUAAUUAUUAACUCUAAUAUAAAUUGUUAAUAUGAAUUGUUACGUUUAUAUUGAAGUCACCUGUAGUCCUGUGGUUUACCGACU